CUUGUGUUAAUGUUUGUGAAAUCCAAAACAAGUGGCGACCACUGGCGAAAAUGUCCUUUAAAAUGUAAACCACUCACUCUCACUGCCAUUUUGUUGACCCGCCCACCUCUAUAACUUAGCUGAAGAUGUCCAGGAGUUCCAAAACGCAGAGUAGAACGCAGAGUUCGUUGAUAGAAGUUAAGAGUAAGUUUGAUGCCGAGUUCCGGCGUUUUAGUGUUGAACGAGACAAGUAUGAAAAACUUGAUGAUUUUCGAAGGCUAGUUGAGGAAUUACAUAGACUAGCCAAUAUAGCUUUUGUGUUAGCAUACACAGACCCUCGAGAUGGUGACCUACUACCUAUCACCAAUGAUGACAAUUUUAGAAAAGCCCUCCAGUGUGCCCGUCCAGUACUUAAGAUCAUCGUCCAACAUAAAGGGAGUUUGGAGCACCUACCAAAUGGGUCCCACUAUAAAAUAUCCAGUAUUCUCUCACCGUUUGUCACAAAACCCAUAAAUAAGCUAUCAAUAUCGUAUCCUCAAGAUUUUAGACAGGUAGCGGCUAUCAUUGACGUGGAUGUAGUGCCAGAAGUUUGUAGAAGAGUACGGCUGCUGAAACAUGGUUCAGAUAAACCACUUGGGUUCUACAUUCGAGAUGGGACUAGUGUAAGGGUCACUCCACAUGGCUUGGAAAGAGUACCUGGUAUAUUCAUUUCUCGCUUAGUACCUGGAGGAUUGGCAGAGAGCACCGGCCUCUUGGCAGUUAAUGAUGAAGUACUGGAGGUGAAUGGAAUUGAAGUGAAUGGCAAAACAUUGGACCAGGUGACAGAUAUGAUGGUAGCCAAUAGCAGCAAUUUGAUCAUCACGGUAAAGCCUGCCAACCAGAGGACGCAGUCUCACACUCCUCGCCGAGGCUCUUUUUCUCGUAAUUCAGCAAUGUCGUCUGGAUCACAACAGUCACACCAGUCUGCUUCAGACGAGGACCGAUAUGACCAGGAUGAAAUACGUGAUCUUACUGCUGGGGACUCCCUCACUGAUGCACCACUUUCACAUUCCUCACAAUCCAGUAAAGAUGAAGGAGUCUUGCAUCUUUAAUUUUUAAUAAAAUAUAUAUUUUUUAGAUUGUUAAAUAAAUAUUCUUCUAAAGCUUUCAAAUUAUUUGUAGUGUACAAAAUUUUGUAUAGAAAGCUGUCGACUAACGGACUAAAGAAAUGUGACCAAUUUGUCAUUAGAAUUGGCUGUUUUAAAAGUGACAUUCAUUCACAAAUGCUCUUAAAAACUUAAUUAAUAUCUUUGAAAUGUAGCACAGGUUAGCACCACGAUGGACUUUGUGCAAUCUGUUUUAUCAUCAGUGAUAGAUUAUUUUAGCCCACCGUAGCAGAAUGUGCCGAUUUUUCCAUAAACCCGAAUGUCACAUUCACAGGUGUAUGAAGUGCCUAUAGAUAAUCUGUAAUGUCUUUUUUUUUCCCCAUUGCCUUAUUGGGAAGCAAUUAGUUUUUUGUCAAAUUGCUUCCUUUAAAAGGACUGCAAAUAUACCCUCUUCUCAGUUGGAGGGACAGUGUAAUGUUGCCUUUAUUUGAAAGUGCUUUAUCUGAAAAAAAUCUAUGUACAGUAUAUAUCUUAAAUAUAGACCUGCAAACACACACACCACAUACACACAUACUGUCUUUCAUAAUCACACACACACACUUACACUUUCAUACUCAUUCUCAUACUGAGACACAAAUCUUUCUUUACUACCAAAUUCAAAGAGUGUUGAUAUGAAAUGUAAGAAGUAUCAUAGAGUAAUUGUUCAGUUCUGGAAAGACUCGAAUAACUGUAAAUGGUCCCAAGUGGCAGCCACAGUCACUAAUGCUAGAGACUUUGCUGCACUUGGGUGCUGUCCAGUGCCUGUUUGUACCUGGGAGAACACAGUAUUUGGUAGCAGGCACUAGGCAGUUUAUGGCUAUUCUUUGUCGUCCAGCAGUGAACAGUUUCACUUUGCUUAGGUGGUAGGAUCUUUUCAUAUCUUGCCCAUUAGUCAUUUAUUUAGGAUUGAUUGUAUUACAUUCCAAAAAUUUUCAGAAAUUGCAGUGGUUGGUUUUAAAAAUGUAUAAUCAAUUCAGAUUAGCUUUAACUUGCUGCUAAGAAUUACUUCCUGGUGUCCAUUGUAUAUACAUUAUUGUGCACAGUACCUAUAUGGUAGUGAAACCAUCAUAUAUGCCUUCCAAAUGUUUGUAGUGUUUUAUCAUAAUUAGUUGCAAUGUUUAUAUGCCUAAUGGUUGUCACUCGCAUUCAUUUCAUUUUUAAAGAGAGGAGUGGUGGUGUGUUUGCAUCUUGGAAAUAAGGAAAAGAUUUUGUGUGCGCGUGUAUGAAUGUGUGCACGUAUAUAGAUGUGUGCGCAUGUAUGGAUAUGUGUGUGCGUGUAUGUGUGUGCACGUAUGAUGUCCCAUAUUGACCACUGUGGUGGAAUGCUCUUGUGCUAUUCAUACAUGUCAUGUUCAGAAUUAUAAUACAGUACUUUUAAUUUAUUUGUUUUAAAUUGUAUGUUCAUAAUGGUUAUAAAAGUUUUUAAGGUGAAAGGAGUACCAUUAUGCUCAUACUGAGCAUAAGAAAAGCUGAGAAAAAGGUAACCAUUAUUAAGAAAAUAAUGGUUUAUAAGGGUGGAUACAAGCUAGGAGCGUUUGGCUCAAACUCUGGUUGGUCUGAAGGACACUGCAGCUUGUGUGCGGCUAGUUACUUGUCAUGGAAGGUUCCUCAACAAGUGGCAUCAUUUCUGCCAGUGUUGGCAGAGAGUAUAUGCUUCCCUGAUAGUAAAUACAGACUUUGGGAUGUGUAGAAGGGUAUUGUAAAAGAAGAAAACAAAUUUGUUGCAAGGAUUUUUUUUUUUUUAUGCUAGUGAUGAAGCUUGUUAGUUUGGAAUUGUUGGCUGUAAAGUUGUAUUUGAUGUCAAGCAGAAGUCUGAAUUUGUUCAUGAUUGGUGUAAGAGCAAGAUUGUUUGGGUUGCAAGGCUACACACUUUCCGUUUUACAUUCCGUCCCAAAUAAAAUGUGUUAUUGAUGCAAUAAAUGUGUGUCUGUGUACUAUGUACUGUAUAUGUUAUAUAUAUUAUAUAUACUGGGUGUUAUAUAUAUAAAUAUAUUAUCUAUAUCACACAAUAUAUAUAUAUUUUAAUAUAAUAUGAUAUACAGUAUACAUAUAUUUCAUAUAAAUUUUUUAGCUCAUGGUGUUCAGUUACCGGCAGCCUCAGGACUUGUAUGCCCCUAAUGUGGUUACUUGACAUCGUUGUUAUUUGGUGAUUAGUACUAGUAUUGUUAACAAUUUCAUUAAUUGUUGUGGAAUAGUGUCAAUAUUUUAUGCAUUGCUGGAUCAUGUAACUUGCAAUUAGUUUCCAUGAUCAGUGUUGCCAUCCAUAAUAUGGAAGUAUUUCGGUUGCCAUCCAUAAUACUUCCAGUGAUAAAACUGUAAGUGAACUUUUAAGCUACUCCUUGUUACUUUGUACUUAAUUAUGAUAAGGCUACAUAAACUUUGGGUGCUGAUAAUAGUUCGGAAGCAUUCCAAGAGAAACGAUAUUUUAAAAGCAUGACACAUUUUGUCAUCGGCUCUUCCAUACAUAUGUCUCUGUAUUGUGAUUAUAGUACUGAUAUUUUUAUUUUU